UAUCGCGUCACAGCGAAUUCCAGCACCUCGCUCGCUUUCUCUCUCAUCUUAAUUUUCUUUUGUAGAUUUUUUCUUCUUUGUCGACUAAUCAGCAACGUAUGAUCCCCGGACUCAAGGAACCAAUAUGAAUUAAUUACCCGUAAACCAUAUACUGCUGCCAAAGUUGUUGAAUUUAAGAUUUUUGCCAUUUGAAGUGUAUAAUAUGCUGUGAAGAUGUCAUGCGAGGAAAUUUUGAAGGCUGUUUUCCCUCAUCUAGAAGGCAGAGACCUGGCAACAUGUAUGUUAGUCUGUAAGCAGUGGCUAGAGAUUGCUCAAGAUGAUUACUUUUGGAAAUGCUUAUGUGCAAAGAAAUGGCCAUCAAUUUGCAAGCAGCCUUCCCCUCCCACUUUGUCUUAUCAGAAACUAUUUAAAACCUUCUAUAAACGCCAACAGACUAGAACCCUUCUUCCACCAAGGCUAUCCUUCAAUGAUUUGGAGUUUUACAUCGACAUUUGGACUGAAGAAAAGCUGAUGUUUUCAGAAGUGGUGCCGGGGCCUGUUCUUAAGAAGGGAACUUGGACUCCGCCAACUGGAAUUUGUGACGUUCUUAGGUUUCACUUGGCAAGUCCUGAUUACAAGAUGACAUUGCCUAUGCAACCAAGGUUUAAUAUUCCUCUGGGCCAGACUGUUAGCGUCUCUGUGCUUGUAGGUCGAAAGGAUUCCAAAAAAGUUGCUUGCAUAAUAAACAAAUCUGUUUUUGAUUAUAUAGAUCGCUCCACAUAUCGGGCCCUGGCAUUUGACUACCUUGACUUUUCACCUGCACACCCUUUUGUGUCUGGUAUAAGGGCGUGGAUCUCCUUGCUUUUUAUGGACCAUGGUAAUGAGGGGGUCAUUGAUGUGUUCGGGAUUGAAUUGGAUUUCUGUGAUGCUGCCAACUCGGAGGACCAGGUUUUGUGGCUCCUUGACAUGCUUGAUUGGAAGUGAAGUAUCAACCCAUGUCAAACGUGGGAAUCAGUUUCUGCCAAAUGGCCAAGGUUACCUAUUUGGUGUAGCUCUCAUUUAGAACAGAACUUUUAUGUAUAUUCUCUCUGUGUCAAUAUUAUGGAUAGUUCUUCGAUUUGUUUCCAUGAAUAAUUGUGCAAAUUUGGCAUUAAGCUCUGAUAGAAAUGUUUUCCUUUUGUGAUUUUCUUUGGAUUGUGUAUAACAGAAUGGCUUUCCCAUCUGUACUAGUACAAUGCUUUACGUCGGGAAAAUGACCUUUGUGGUUCCCGUUGUGCAGUACUUAUGUAAUGUUCAUUUAUCUGGUCUUAAUCUGUAGAGUCAUGAAUGCUCUAA